UGAUUUUUCGCGUGUGAAAAUGUCGGAGAGGAAUGAUAGCCAGAGCUCGGUGGUUUGCAGCACAUGUGGCCUGGCAUACACCCUGCCAGAGGAUGAGGUCGUUGGAAACCUCCCACACAUGCUGCUGUGUGGUCAUGUAUUCUGCACUGCCUGCCUGUGCUCUCUCGAGUUUGGGAACAUCGUUGUGUGCCCAGAGUGCAAGGUGGAGUCGAUGCUCUCGGAGGACGGGGUUGAGGGGCUUCAGGUGGACAGCAGGAUCAUUGGGCUCAUCUAUACCGCCAAGAUGAACAUGAGGAAAAACCGUAACAGGCCCAGGCAUCGCAAGCCCACGCCCCCCACCCCGCCCCCAGAAGAGAGUUCAGAGCAGGAGUCUGACUCUGAGAAAGGCCUGGAAGACCCUCUGUGCCAGGCAGCGGAGAACCUGUCCCAGCUGGAGUGCAUCCACCAGACCCUGGUGGAAGGCCUGCAGGUGCAGGUGAAGAAGGAGAAGGCCCGUCUGGUGAAGGAGAUCGACGAGGUCGCGGACUCCGCCUUAAGCAUCCUGCGCAAAAGGAAGAGUGCCCUGCUGGCGGAACUGGCUCAUCUGGAGCAGUACUUCCUGGCCAGCAGGCACGUGCUGGGUCAGGUGGAGGAGAGGCGGAAGGCCCUGCGCACAGCUAUACAGAAGGCCAAGCAGGUCCAGCAGCACCCCUCCCUGGGGAGCUACUGCGAGCUGGACAAGGUGUUGGAGAUCCUGCAGGCUCCAGUAGAUGUGCAGUCCUAUGAUCUGAGCUGUCUGUCUCUGGGCUCUGGACUGAGCUGCACUCUAAAUAUGGAUGGGAUGGUGCAGAGUCUGAAAACCUGCUUCAGAAUGACAAUUGGCAACCCCAAAGCACUAACCGGAGAGGAGGCAAGCUCAGACACCUCCUCCCAGCUGGGCACAGAGAGGAAGAACUGGAGGGGCAGCGUCCUACACCAGGAAAGGAGACCAGGAAGGCAGGCCCCCGACAGUGUGGAGCCUGGGGCCCCAGAGUGGCAGCAGGAGAGCCUGGGGAUGGGGCCUGCCACCCAGGCCGCCUCUACCAGCUACUUAUCUGACAGUCCCAAUGUCAUCAUCGAGGAGAUUGUGGAGGAGGCGGAGCCAGAUUCAGGUGGCCUGGAUAGAUGUCACAGUGAUCCUGAAUGUUCCUGUGGUCUGGCCAGUCAGGUGGCUGGCUUAGACGCACAUGUCACAAUGAUCCUGAAUGUUGCUGAGGUCUACCAAUCAGAGCGCCCGUUUUCUUAUCGCCCGGCAAGCCGCAGGCGUUCGGGGCGGCGACGACGCCCCACUGGCCCCGCCCUGCCUUGGGCGGCGCCGCGCCCGGGAAGGUCCCGCUGCCUCUUACCCCUGCCAGCUCCCAUGGCCCCUCCCCUACCGCCCCAAGGGAAGGCCGCGUUUGGACGACCGAAGAGGAAGGGCAGGAAAUGGGCCGCGGACGGCCCUCCGAUCCGUCAGGCGAAAGUGUUUCAGGAGUGGGUGUUGGUGACGCACGUGGUCAACCCCAGCCACUUCUACGUCCGGCGAGUGUCCGAGACUCGCGCCGGAGUGCUGCUGUCCAAGAAGAUCAGCGGCCUGUGCUCCGGGGAGAGGGGCCUCUUCACCGCCGGCAGUGUGGUGGAGACGGGUUCCCUGCUCUUCGUCCAGUGGAAGGAGUCCAUGUGGAGCAGGGCGACUGUGAUGGAGGUGUUCCAGAGAGGCCGGGGGGAGUCGGUGUCCCGCUGCCCUGUGCCGGAGCUGGCCAAACUGCGCGUCUUCUUCCAGGACUACGGCUUCUCCAAGGACAUCUCUCUGAACGUCAGUGAGGGUGUGUCGGUGGUGGACAGUCUGAAUCAGUGUGUGCGGCGUGUUGACCUGGCAGUGCAGUCAGAGAUGGCUCGCUGGCCUGCCCAGGCCGUCCGCUGUUCCCUCAAAGACAUCGUCCCCGCUGACCUGGUUAAGGGCUGGUGUGCGGAGUCGCAGCUGGAGUUCCAGCGGGUGGUGGGCUCCAAGGCGGUGGAGAUGCUGGUGUUCGGGGAGGAGCGGGACGCCCUGCUGGUGGACCUGAAGAACGCGCCCAUGGACAGGAGCGCCAGCGACAUGCCGCUCUCCCUCCGCGACUACCUGGUCUUCCUGGAGCUGGCCAUGUUUUAUUCCCCGAUGGCCAAACCCCUCAGCGGUGGGCGUCGGCCCCUGCAGUUCUAUCCUCCGGUGUACCCCAGGGCCAUGGUGGAACUCAAUGCGGUGGUGUGUCACAUUAACACCCCCUCAGACUUCUACAUUCAGCUGGUGGACAACAUGGAGUACCUGCUGCUGAACUCAAAGCUGCAGGAUUUCUACUCGCAGGAAGGCCUGGGGGGGCUGGAGGUGUUCUGCCCCUCCCUGGAGCAGGCGUGCGCCGCCCUGUUUGAGGACAAGGUCUGGUACCGCGCCCAGAUCAUUGGUUUCCCCGGUAACAGGCUGGUGGAGGUGCGGUACGUGGACUUCGGAAACAAGAAGAUUCUGCCCCUGAGCGACGUACGCAAGCUGAAGGACGAGUACUUUGCUCUGCCCGCCAUGGCGAUCCAGUGCUGCCUGGCGGACCUGAAGCCCGUGAGCAGCACCGAGUCCUGGAGCGCCGAAUGCAAAGAGAGGUUCCGGAAGCUUGCGGAACAAAAACUGAUGUCCGCCAUGGCGACAGAGAUUGUGCCACGGCUGCAGGCCCUGCCGGUGAGGCUGUUUGAGGUGAACGAGGACACCGGCCAGUCCACGGACAUCGCUGAGCUGCUGGUGGAGGAGGAGCUGGCCUGCUUUAGGAAGGGGGUGAAACCUCAGGCCCUGUCUGUGGAGCCGGCCGUGUGGGACCCCCCGUUCGAGGGUCUGCUGGAGGGAGAGGGAGACGGGGAGGCCGUGGCCCCUGAGACGCCCGCAGAGGAGGGCCCUUCGCAGGGGGACGCCCAGGACCUCCACACCCACAUCCAGCUGCCCAAAAACCUGAAGGACCUGAGGGUGCGGGUCACCCACGUCUGCUCCCCCGGCAGCUUCUACGUGCAGCUGCUGCAGAUGGACAAGCACCUGAAGAAGGUGUGUGAGAAGCUGAAGGAGGAGUGUGCGAAGUCUGAGCCGCAGCCAGUGGAGUGGAGCGCGGACAUGCACUGCGCCGCCUACAUCAACGGGGUGUGGGAGAGGGGACAGGUCUGCUCCGUGUCCUCCGCCAACGUCGCCGAGGUCUUACGCUGCGACUUCGGAAACAAAGUGAAGCUCCACAUCAACCACCUCAGACCGCUGCAGCCUGAUCUGGUUGGCUGCCUGAUGCUCGAGUGCUCCCUCAGUGACAUCAGACCUGCUGGGGGUCGCUCCACCUGGACAGCCACUGCGUGCGACUUCAUCUCCUACUACAUGACCGGCGCCAUGGCGAUAAUGACCAUCAAGGAGGACACGCCCGAACGGCCCAUUCCCGUGGCCCUGUACUGCUCCAACAGGGCGGGGAAAGACGUGAGCAUCGCUGACUUCCUGGUCAGCGAGGGCCUGGCCCUGAAAGAGAGGACACGCCAGGAGGUUCCUCAGACAGCUGAGAAGGAGGCCGGGACUGCAGAAGGGGGCUUCGGCCUGAAGACCUCCGAGGGGGCGGGGCAGAGAGCGCCGUCCCCGCCGCUCCAUCCGGCCCCGCCCCCGCCCCCACCUCCCUCCAAACCGGCCCCCUUCUCCGCCGCCCCGCCCAAGGUUGUCCGGACACGCCCCUAUGUCCGGCCCGAGGCGGUGAAGACACGCCCCUACAGCCCGCCUGAGCUCCCGCACUGCGGCCUCACGCAGAUGACCAUCACCGCUGUGUCUGAGGACGGCGUCAUCUACGCCAUGACGCGGCAUGCAGAGCGGCAGUUUGAGCAGCUGAAGGACAGGCUGCAGCUGCACAUAAAGACGCUGCCCAGGCAGAAGCCCUACAGCUGGAAGAGCGUGCUGGGCUGCGCGGUCAUGGGAUCCGACAUGCUCUGGUACCGAGGGGAGGUGCUGGAGGUCAUCGGGGGUCACGUCAAGGUGCGCUACGUGGACCAGGGUCUGGUGGAGAACAUUCCGGUGUGUCACGUUUACCCCACGGUGCUCUGCGAGGACAUUCCCCAACUGUGCAUUCCCUGCAAACUGCACGGCAUCACUCCUGUGGGGGAACAGUGGCAGUGGGAUGCUGUGGCUUUGCUCCGAGAACUGCUGCACACUCGCUGUGUGGACCUGCAGAUCAUGGAGCUGCCCUCCGACCCGCAAGGUCACGUGACGGUGCAGGUGCUGUUAGACGGGAUGACCCUGAGCAGGAUCAUGGUGCAUCACCAGCACGCAACCUUCGACCCCAGUGUGUCCGCCACAGAAAUGCAUGUACCUGUGGUGACAUCAUCCGUGACAGAAUUGGAUGACUGGGAGCUAAACAUCAAAGUUUUGAAGGACCCAGAGCCUAUUCUGGCAGUGUACAAAUAUCCCAGACUGCCUGACAAAGGAGAGCACUUCCCGGUCAAGAUCAAACACCUCCGCACUCCCAACGAGGUGUUCCUCCACCCUCUGGUGGAGGACAGGGAUACGGAGGAGAAUGGGGAGACUCUGGAGGAAGCUCUGGACCGAGUGAACUCCAGUGUGGAGAGUCUGCCACUGCUCACUGACUUCCCUAUAGAGGGGCCCUGUCUGGCCGAGUACUGCGAUGGGAAGUACUACAGAGCCAAGCUGCUCAGCUUCGAGGGGUUCGACCCCGUCAAGGUCCUGGUCAGACACGUGGACUUUGGGUCGGAUGACAUGCUCCCCAUGCAGAGGCUGCGGCAGAUGCCGGCGGCUCUGCUGCGCUUCCCCUGUAAGGCCAUCCAGGUGCGGGUGGCGGGGUUCAAGCCGCCGCGCGUCAGCCUGGAGAAGGAGCGCGUGUCCUACCGGCCCGAGUGGAGCAUGAAGGCCGCUCUGGAGAUGAUCGACCUGCUGCACGGCAGCAUCACCGCCUCCGUCGUGUCCACAGACCCGGAGACCGCCGUGUUCCUGUACGAUGAGAAAGGGGCGCUGGUGCAUCUCCCCCUCGUGGAGAAGGGCCUGGCUGACUUUGAGUGACAGGAAGAAACCGAAUCUGCUGUGACCUGGAAAGUGUGAUGGUCUUGGGUUCCAGGCUUGCUUGGAAUAAGGAACCUGCAUCUCUUCAUUUAUAGUUUUAUAUAUACCGGCGCUAGCGACGUUGCAGCGCUGAGAUAGCUCUGUUUAUUUUCAGCGUUCUACUUUUGUGAGAGGGAGCCUGCGAUGCUGCGAUAUUGAGUUGGAUUUUGAGGUUCUGUGUGUAGGUUGCAGACCUAUUAAAACGGGUUUAUUUCA